UUUCUCCCCGGACUCUAGUGUCAGACGGACCGGCUGGAUUUAUGGAGUUUGGAGGAGCGUUGUUGUUGUGAUAGUUUCCCUUCGAGGCUUUUCGAACAAAAAAUGGUCAACUUUGGAGUAUUAGUGAGCACAUCGGUGUUGUUCGUGGUGUUCGGGUUGUGUUUGGUGAGCUGUGAUAUAACGGACGGAAACGCGGAACAUCUGAAGAGGGAGCACUCUCUGAUGAAACCGUACCAAGGUUCGAGAGCUCGGUUAGCUCCUCUGCUAACACCAUGAUAGCUCCACUUUUCUCCACUUUAGGUGUUUGUUUAACAGAUUUUUCAGCAGGAUAGAAACAGUUUGAGUGUGUUUAAUGUUGCCUUUACUGCUUUGGCUCAAUAGUAAUCUGAUUGAAUCACUAACUGUCAUCUGUAAGAGUCAGAAUAACACGGUGUACCAUCCGAACAGGCUGUGCUGCAGGAGGGAAAAGUUGGUGAUUCUGAUUAAAACAGAUCCUGGGAGCCAAUUUUUCUUCUAAUUUAACUCCUUUGAUCAAAUUCAGGCACGUUUUAGGACUGAAAAUGCGACUUAUUGAAGCAAAGAACGAAAACUAAGGAGACAAAGGUUCAGGUCAAUGUAGUUUUUAUGAGUCAUGAUUCAAAACUACAUAGGGGAGAGUGGGGUAAGAUGAGACGUUUUUCAUAUUUUGGAUCACUACAUCAAAACAAUCCUAGUUUUGUCUCUAACUAGUGUAUCUGCAUAUAUCUGAAGAUGUUGUUCAUCCUUUCAACCAACAGAAUGAGUGUAAACAGAACUGUCUUGAUAAUAUAGCAUGUCAAAAGAAGUGGUCUCCUAUGGACCAUAGCAAACACUUCCUGGAGUUUGAGAACUCCGAUUGGAGUCGGACUAAGAUGUUUACAUGCACUUCAGGUGUCCGGUCUUAAUCGGAAUAAGGCAAUAAUUCGGUUUUCUCGAGUGUCAUGUAACCGUACUGAGUGUCUGUCUGAAAAACUCCUUACAGUGCCUUUAAACAGUCAGAUUAAGCCCCUCAGUCUUCAAAGUGUUCAGAGAGAUCAGCAGGACCAUGAAACUUUCCUCAAAGGAGCAGACUCUCACCACUGUAUGACCACUUUUAGAAGACUAUGAGAGGAUUAACAAAACCAGGUGAAAAGUCAGCAGAUUAUUUCUGUUUUCUGGUUAGAAGUCGGAGUAUUGAUUUUCAUUCUGUAGAAAAUGUGACAGAGCUCUGUGGCUGCUCGUAAGAACUAAAGAUCAGAGUGUUUUAAUCUGCUGCAUUGGAUUUUGAAGUGUAGAAAAUAUGUCAUUGAGGAGGGAACCUAGGCACACUUUUUUGUUUUUGACCUAACAGCUCACCUGUUUACUUCCUAUGAUAAUGAUAAAAUAGAAAAAAGCUCACCCAGCACACCCUCAGGACCAGGAAGUGUUUGCUCAGGAUGUUUGCAGAAAAUGCUGUCGAUUGUAAACCGGUCUGACAUUGUGUCUGCUUAUGCUCUUUUUCCAAAACACAGUAAAUGUUGGGAAAGAGUCUUGUUCAAAGUGUUUUACAAGAUGAGGCUCUGAGAUUAUGUGACCAUCCAAAAUAGACGGCUCAUGGUGUCAGAAAGUCACAGCAGAAAACCAAUCUGCAAAGAGAUGCUCAUGAAAGUGAACGCCGUGCUCUCCUCUUCAUCGGUUAUGCAUCUGAGUGUGUUUACAUCUGCUUGUCUUGCAGGUGUUGGAAGUGGCCACAGCAGCCAGUGGGACUUCUGGGGAAGCACGUUGGUGACCAACUCAUACGUCCGACUCACUCCAGAUGAGAGGAGCAAGCAGGGAUCCAUCUGGAACACUGUGGUGAGGAAAGGCUGCAGACACACCGACUAAUUCUUCUCUUUGGAGCACUUUACCAGCUUUUAUUUUCACUGUGCAGUUCUCAGGUGGCACAGACCCUCGAGGGCCCGAAUAUGUUCUUGUAAGAGUCUUAUAGGGAUAUUAGAUAGAGAACAAUGUAGCACCUGAGCAGAUUCAAAGCAAAUGUGUAAACUAAUCUGUGCUCAUCUAACUUUGAUUCUUCAGAUAUACUGUACUGUAUGUGUGAGGUUUAUGUUUUUUAUUUUGUGUUAUGGCUCAUAUUGUAUGUAGGUCCUGGGUUCAAAUCUGGCUCAGGGUGUUUCUGUGUGGAGUUUGCAUGUUCUCCCUGUGUCUGCGUGGGUUUACUCCGGGUACUCCGGUUUCCUCCCACAUCCCAAAAACAUACCUCAGUGGGGUUAGGAUAAUUGGCCACUCUCAAAUUGCCCGUAGGUGUGAUUGUGAGUAUGGAUGGUUGUUCGUCUCUAUAUGUCAGCCCUUGGAUGAACUGGCGACUUGUCCAGGGUGUCCCCAGCCUUCGCCCAAAGAUGCUGGGAUAGGCUCCAGCCCCCCCCCCACGACCCCGGGAACGGGAAUAAGUGUUCGAAAAUGGAUGGAUGGGUGGAUGGUUACAGCUCAUAUUCUCUAAAUCAAGCGAACUCACCUUGGAUUUCUUGAACUCUUUAUGUCUUCUUUUCCAGACAAAUUUUAAUAGCUGGGUAACACUUUACUUGACGCCUAUCUUUUUAACGCAUUAUAAAUAUAUGUAUAAUGUGUUAUAAUCAUGUUAUAGCGCUGUAUAACUAUAGUUAUAAACACUCAUAAAUGAUCAUAAUGCCUUAUAGCAAUAAUCAUAACCCAUUAUAAAGCAUUUUAUCAUGACUUACAAGGUCAGGUAUUAUACUGUGUUAUAACUUAUCAUUAUAAACACUCAUUAAUUAUCAUAAGGCUUCAUAACAAUAAGCAUAACACAUUAUAAUACCUGACCUUGUAAGUCAUGAUAAAAUGCUUUAUAAUGUGUUACAAUUAUUGCUGUAAAGCAUUAUGAUCAUUUAUGAGUGUUUAUAACUAUAGUUGUACAGUGCUAUAAUGUGAUUAUAACGUAUUACGUUUAUAGAGAUAGGCGUGAAGUAAUGUGUUACCAAUAGUUGCAAUAGCACAGAUUUUCUGGAUUCAGGUUAAGAAUGAACUAAAAUAAAAACUAAUAAUUUUUUUUCUUUUGAUGGAUUAAACUUUAAAAGGACGUUUGUAAGAAAUAUUCAGAAAGUAUUUUUUGGUGAACUUCAGGCUCCUUUACGCUGACAUGUUUUGAGAACCAACUAAGUCUCUUUAAAACUGACAGAAAAAAACACACUUUGAGACAUUUUGCAAGCUGCCAUGGAAAGAAAACAUCUUCGUUCUGUUUCUGCUCUGCAGCCGUGUCACCUGAAGGACUGGGAGAUGCACGUGCAGUUUAAAAUUCACGGCUCGGGGAAGAAGAAUCUCCAUGGAGACGGCAUCGCUCUCUGGUACACCAAAGACAGGCUGCAUCCAGGUACUGAGAGUCUUUACGACUCAGUCUCUGUUCUUGUGUAAGAAACAAACCACCCAGCUUGAUCUCACUUUGUGCCAUCUUCCAUAUUUUUUUGCAUCAUUGUGAUACUUAUCUGUAAACUUAUGCUGUUCAUAUGACUAGUUCACUGUAGCUGUAGCUUGUUGGCCCUUUAUUACUUACUUUCUGCAGCUGCAUCAGACUGAAAACCCGAAUAUGUACCGCCAACCCUAAUCCUAAAGUUGCACACGUUAACAGUGAUGCUGCUGUCUGUUGGGUUAAAGUAACGGCUUCCUAAAUCCUGGGAUGAGGUCUAAAAAGGAGAGCGACACAGAAUAAGAGUCUGAGCCUGCAGGUGUAAAAAUCAACACUGAUAGUAGGCGUGGUCUGAUCAUGCAUGUUCCCCUGAAAGAUUAGGUCACAGCUUUAACCAGCCGCAUGUUCAUGAGAUGCAUUUGAGGAAUUUUCCAGAGAGACCUGUGUCUUUUAGUCAUUUUUACUCCAGACUGAUCAGGACUUUUGCCGAGUUGAGAAGCACCAGAGCCCCCUUUGAAAACUCAUCCAGCUAACUUCAUCACAGAAAGUGUCUUUUCUCAGUCAUGUUUAGAUGUUUGAGUUCACCAUCUCAGCUCGCUGUGUUCACUGCUGUCAUAGAAAACCGUCUCGACUUGUCUGCUCACGUUUCACCUCAUCUCUGCCUCCAUCCUAGGCCCUGUGUUUGGAAACCAAGAUCAGUUUCUUGGCCUGGCUAUUUUUUUGGAUACCUUCCGCAAUGAUCUCCAUGGGAUGGAUGUAAGUGUGUGUAGCGCGUGUGUGUGUGUGACUCGAGGCGAUUGACCUGCUUGUUUCUUUGCAGGGCCCGUGUUUUCCAACAAUGCUCUCUUCCACGGGCUGGCCGUUUUUAUAGAUACUUACUCUAACGAUGAUGCCACGGAUGUGAGUGGUUGCUCAGGUUUUACCCGUCAGUAUGUCGCCUCAGUUUGUUUCUGCUUUCCUUCAUUUCAAAAAGGCAUGUUGUCAGAAGUUUUCCAGCAUGUAACCAAUGAAAACAGUUUGUUUUUGCUCUUCUUUUAAUUGCUUCUACAGCGAAACCUCAGACUGCACUCACACAGGAUCUGAGCAUGAUGGCUGUCCCACAAAUCUUUUGCUUUUCUUUCACCACAAAGAUUACACUUUCACAAUGCAGGGCUGGAUUCUUUGUUUAUUAGUCUGAGCUCAUCUAGAUUAGUGUCCCUGAGGUUUUAUAAGAGAUGCAGAAAAAGUCAAAGUUCAUCAGCUGUCGGCUGGUUCAAAAUUUUUCAACCUUUUUAAGAUCAGACCUCUGAGCGUCUGCAGUGUGAAAGUAGACUUUGUAUUUACAGAAACAUGAGCUGAAAUGUGCAGAAGCCUUGAGAAGCAGGUGAGGAAAAAGUUUCUGUGUUACCUGAAAUCUUACCCAAAACAGUCUUUUCUGUUUGUGUUCCAAGAAUAAUUACAAAGAAAGAACUUUUGCAAAUAUUAUCUAAUUUUAAAAGUUUAUUUAGAGUUUGUUAUACCCCUGACCAAAUGAAAACUUUGACACAUGAUGUUUGACCCUGCUCUUCCACCACCAAGAAAAGUCAGCAGUUAUAAUAAAAUCCAGAAAUGAGAUUCCACUUUCCUCUCAAGGAUUCUCUCACAGUAUUAAAUGUCGGCUUUUUUAAUUUAUGUCAAAUAUUCAUCCGUCCAUCAUCUGUAUUUACCAGCGUCUGUAUUUGAGCUGUUUUUGAGAUUCGUUCGUUAACGUUUUUCCUCUCUGUUGCCAGCGUUCCUUCCCGUUCAUCUCAGCCAUGGUUAAUAACGGCACGUUGAGUUAUGACCACGGCAAAGACGGACGAUCGUCGGAGCUGGGAGGCUGCUCGGUCGAGAUCAGGAACAAAGAUCAUGAAACGUACCUCGCUAUCCGCUACUCCAAAGGAAGACUCACAGUAAGAUGAACUCUGAUUAUCUAAUGAUCAAUUAACAAUAAACACUGUAAUGGGCAUUUCUUUGCAUCAGCUUCACCGGUGUUUAACCUGCAGGUGAUGGUUGACGUGGACGACAAGAAUGAGUGGAAGGAGUGCAUCGACAUCGGAGGAGUUCGUCUCCCUACCGGAUAUUUCUUUGGUGCCUCAGCGGCUACAGGAGAUCUGUCCGGUAAAUCAGAGCAGGAAAACCAGGAAUUAAUCAAACAUUUACUGAAUAAGGGAGGAAGUUUAUUCCUGCAAGAGUGUAUUUGUUUUUAUUUCAAUGUGAUAAACUGUUACUAUUUAAAAUUUUGAUUCAGAUAAUCACGACAUCGUCUCUAUGAAGCUGUACCAGCUGAUGGUUGAACACACUCCAGAGGAGGAGAGCCAGGACUGGACCAAGAUUGAGCCCAGUGUCAGUCUCCUCAAGUCCCCUAAAGGUACAGCAGAUUGAAGUUAGAAGAACCUAAAUCCAGAACCUUUAAUACGUCUUCAUGGAGGGAAAUAUCCCGUAGUUUGAAGCUCCACUCUAUAUCAAAGAUUAACAAAAUGAAUCCAAUUGAUUUUUGUUCAAAUCCAAAUUCAGUUUAGUUCUUAUGGAUUAAGAAAGACAGACAAACUGUUGACAUCCUCCAAAGCCAGAGACCAGAUAUGAACCAGACAUGAACCAUUGUUUGCUUUAGUUUAAGAAAUGUCGACCAAAUCUCAGAGAAGCAGCUGUUAAAAAGUGUAUCCUGGUCUCUGCAGACAACAUCGACGAUCCUACUGGAAACUUCCGAGGCACGCCCCUCACUGGCUGGAAGGUCUUCCUGCUUCUGCUGUGUGCUCUACUGGGAAUCGUGGUGUGCGCCGUGGUGGGAGCUGUAGUUUUCCAGAAGAGACAGGAGAGGAACAAGAGGUUUUACUGAGGAGGAAAACGAAGAGCCUCAGCAGAGAGGUGUUUGCUUCUGAACGAACUGUUUCCUGAUGACAGAUUGAGCACACUCAAUGUGAAUUUUUCCUAAAGAUUGUACAAAUGUUUAUAUCUUUUGAAGCACUGCGUUGGGGAAGAAUGAUGGUAAGUGGCGAUGUUGAUAAAAUAGAGAUGGAGGACUGGAGGUUUCCGUCAUGGGUGACUCUAAUCAAUGCUGUUUUUGUUUCAAGUCUUCAUGUGUUCAUUAAUGGCAGGGUUAGAUUAGACCUUCUCCUCUGUGCAAACUUUGAGCGUGAAGUUUAACUUUGUGGAAAAAAGAUUGUGAUUACACCUGAUUACCGGUCAAACAGGUGUCUCCAAACCUUUUUGGUUUUCUCUGCUGCAGACUUGAUGCUACAGAACAGUGCGCUUCGACACCCCGAGGUCAUUUAGAUUUUUAUUUUUGUCUUCCAGACCUUUUUUACCCAAUUAUUUAUUGGAAGAAAGAAGUAGCACAAACAAAAAAUGAAAAACAUUAGAUAAAAAAUAACCUGAUGAAUUAAUAAUAACACAAAAAAACAGACCAACUGAACACAGAGGACCCAUGAAAGAGUGCUUGAUGAUGUUGAUUUCACUUUCUUUGUUGCGUUUGCUUUCAGUCUCUUUUUAAGAAAACUCAUUUUUGGUACUUUAAAAGUUUAAUUGCAAGAUUCCACAUAUUCAGGAAAAUAAAGCAAUGAGGGUAAAUGAUUAAAGAAGCUGCUGUCGGGAGCCUCGACAGUACACACGUUUUUGCUUUUACUUGAAUUUUCUUGAGUUUACUACCUGAACAUUUUUGUUGUUUAGUUCAACGAGAUGAAGCCACUUGACAGUAUUCAAUGCACAAGUGGAUGGAUCUAAAAAAAAGAAACUCAACAACCUCAAACCUGAAGGCUGAAUAGUUUAGUUUUUUUUCCUGCAGGGUUCAUGAGCAGCAUGGUGGGGUUUUAUCCAGAAUAUGCCUUAGUUAUUGAGUGUUUGUUUUGUGUUCAAUAAUGCACAGUUGUGAGAAAAACUUCUACGAUUCAAUGAGAUUCUUCAGUGAAAUAAAUGAGAGUCAUUAACUGAUUUCAAACAGGUGUGCUGCUAAACGCACCUGCACAGUGUUGAUUUUGAAGCAUUUUCAAACUCACUUCAGAGGAGAUGUAAAACAUUUAAGUCCAGGUGUGGGUUUUCAAAGACAAAUUCACACUAACAAAUGUGUAUUUUACUUUCUUUGAAUAUUAUAUUUUUCUAUUUUUGGGUUCCUCACAGCUUUUACCUCCAAGUGUUCUUGUUUGGCUUCCUUUUUUUUUGUCUUACUGUGAGCUUUGGUCUGGGUUUUGAUGAUUUUUUUUUCCUGCUCUCCUGAAGCAGUAUUUGUUUCUGCCACAUCAGAUCUGUGAUGAGACUUGACUCAACUUGAAAUUCCCCUCAACAGAAAUAAAGUAAUAACAGAUAAAAAACAA